CCCUGAUGUUUGGUCCGGACCCUUGGCGUCACUUCCAAGCUACGAAGCUCCAACGCAACAAACUGAUUUACAACCCACUGACAAAUAGUAAUUUAAACAUAACUCUUGUGCUUUUAUAUCUGAAUAUAGACCAGGAUUUAGUGGCCAAACAAGUGCAUAUUUGGUGUAACUCGUUCGUCGUGCGUGAAGUUAAAUGCACAUUUGGGAUUUUAACCUCGCGUGGGCCGCGGGGGCGGACUGUUUGACCCACAGACUACGGCACUUUUUUGGAGAUGUCGACACUCGAGCUCCGGGCCGUUUGUCGUUCUUUGGCAGGUGACGCCGGCUGUCUCGUCUCCCAGCGCCGUUUAUCGUACCGGGAAACAUGUGGGAGUCAUUCUUCGUUCAUCCCUCCUUUAGACGCGCAAACAGCUGCUGCAGCUGUAAAUCCUCCCAUCAGGACCAGUGACGUGACUCCUUCAGCCGGACACACAGACUGCUGUCUCCCCCCCGCCCCCCCGUGGUUAUUAUUUCAGGCUGAUCACUUGAGCUUUGCGAUCAGUGACCCUCUGAGCUCACAGCCGACUCGUCCUCCUCGUCGCUCCGUCCUCUCGUGUCUCUCGGGCUUCACACCCUCCACCAUGCGGUCUCUGCUGGAGAGCAGCUGGAUGAAGUUUGGGCCGGCGGGCCGGGACUCUCUGGACUGGUCCCCUGGUCCCUCGGCGCUGCCCUUCCCCAGCGGACAGGCUGCGGGCCAGAGCUCAGGUGAGGCCAUCAUCAGCGCGGGAUCCAUCACCGCCAUCACCGUAGCAACCGUCUCCCUCCUCCUCCUCCUCCUCUUCAGCGGCCUCGGCCUCCUGAUGUGGCGCCGCAGGCGCGGCUUCAGCUUCAACAGCAAACUGGGGUUGGCCAACGUGAUCGCCCUGGAGGACCUGCAGGACCCGGAGAGGAACUGCGAGCUGCUGUCCUCCAUCCGACGCAGCCAGAGGCACCGGGCGCCCAGCGCCAGCUCCGAGCAGCAGGACCCCUCGGACGGCGUCUUCCUCAUGGUCUACCUGCCCUCGCCGUACGAACACACGCUCACCAGGAUCGCCAGAGCCGCCAGCACGAGCAGCUCCCACGAGCUGCUUCCGCCGAGUCCCGGGCCGGAGACGGGCGGCCGGGACGAAGAAGACGGGACGAAGCUGAGCGACGAGGCGACCCGAGAGGAAGAAAUCAAGGCCGACUGAAAUCAAGGCGGGAGUACGACAACACAUCAGGAAAACAUCAUCGAACCUUCCUACCCACCGAGAGGCGUCGAGGAGAGACGACCGGGAUCGAGACCCCAGCACCUGUCUUCAAGCAGCCCUUUGGAUGAUGCAGUGAGUCUCCUUCCAAACAGACGAGUUGAUGCUGGCUGAACGCCCGUGACUCUGAUACAAAAUGACUGGUUUCAUUUUCCCAGGCGGCCUUGAUGGUCUUUCACAGGAAUCAAACCGACUGAUAUUUCAGAUGACAGUCCUCUGAGACCCCGUCUGUGCUCUGCUGCCCUUGUAACAAGUACACUAUAGAAAUGCCUGAAGUGUAGAAUGGACUGAGUGCUUUAAAAUAACUUUACUCAUCACACUUUCGCUUGUGCUGUUUGCACCUAGGAUUGUAUAAAUGUACAUGUGGAUUGAAAUCAUUCUAUUUUCUACUCUAAUACUCAAUGUGUAUUUCACUGUAGCAUCCUUAUAGAGAUGUAUUUUGUAAUGUUGAUAUUUGCUGUUUGAUAUUCACGGUCUCGUUGUCUCAUUGUUUGACCUCUUGAUACAAUGAUUCACAAUAAAGUGAAGGAGAAAGUGGA